GUUUGCACGCGUGACAAUCGCUCCCCGUACCCUUGACCGCGGGUUGGUCAAGCUCUCCGAAGCUCAAUCAAAACAGCCUUGUGCAAUGGCCCUUGCGCAUUACUAGAUUCAGAAACCCUUUGCCCAUCUACUUCCCGGAACGCGCAACACAUCGAUCACUCCAACUGCGUUCGCGCGCAGGAUCCUGACCGCCAGAUGGCUGCUCAAUUCACAGAGGAGAACAUCAAGGAGCUGAAGUUCCGACUCGAGGAUGCGGCGAGCAAGUGCUCCGAACGAUGCCUCUACCAAUCAGCAAAAUGGGCUGCGGAGAUGCUCGAUUCCCUCGUCCCAAUCGACCAGUAUGAAACGGAUCCCGAUUCACCGAUGGACCAGCCCGAUGCUCCUCCGAAGGCCCAGAACCCCUACCUCCGGACCCAGGAUUCCAUAGAAGCGGCGCUCGAGGCGCAAGAGUCUUACAAAUAUCUCCUGGCGAAGUCAUACUUUGACACCCGCGAAUACGACCGCUGUGCCGCCGUCUUCUUACCUCCGACUAUAUCCCCCAUCCCUCUCGCGACUGCGUCGCCCAACGCGAAACAUCGACAGUCGUUGACUCCGCAGAAGGGCAAAUCGAAGGCGUCGCCGUUCGCAGGGGUGAAGGACCAUGGUGCAACCAGGAAUCCCUACCCUCGGCUCAGCCAGAAAUCCCUGUUCCUCGCCUUGUAUGCGAAGUACCUGGCCGGCGAGAAGCGCAAGGAUGAGGAGACGGAGAUGGUACUGGGUCCUGCGGAUGGAGGCUCCACAGUCAACCGGGAGUUGCCAGAUCUGGCUCGAGGGCUAGAAGGAUGGUUUACUGAGCGACGGGAGAAGGGGCUAGAAGGUCGGAACCAGGGUUGGUUGGAAUACCUUUACGGUGUCAUACUCCUCAAGGGGCGGAAUGAGGAUGAGGCCAAAAAGUGGUUGAUCCGGAGCGUGCACUUGAACCCCUUUCACUGGGGCUCGUGGCAAGAAUUGAACGACUUGCUGGCCAGCACGGAAGACUUGAAACAAGUUGUCGACCUUCUCCCACAAAACAUCAUGACUCUCAUAUUCCACGUAUACUGCAGCCAAGAGCUAUACCAGGCCACAGAUGAUACGUACCAGGCUCUGUCCGAGCUGGAGACGAUCUUCCCAACGAGCGCAUUCCUCAAGACCCAAAGAGCACUCCUCUACUACCACUCGAAAGACUUCGAAGCAGCAUCGCACAUCUUCACCGACAUACUCAUCACCUCACCCCACCGCCUCGACAGCCUUGACCAUUACUCCAACAUCCUCUAUGUCAUGGGCGAGCGCCCGCAGCUCGCCUUCGUCGCCCAAGUCGCGACCGCGACCGACAAAUUCCGUCCCGAGACGUGCUGCGUCGUCGGAAACUACUACUCGCUCAAAUCCGAGCACGAAAAAGCAGUCAUGUACUUCCGCCGCGCGCUGACCCUCGACCGGAAUUUCCUCUCCGCCUGGACCCUCAUGGGCCACGAGUACAUCGAGAUGAAGAACACGCACGCCGCGAUCGAGUCCUACCGGCGGGCCGUCGACGUGAACCGCAAAGACUACCGCGCCUGGUACGGGUUGGGCCAAGCCUACGAAGUUCUCGACAUGUCCUUCUACGCGCUGUUCUACUACCAACGCGCCGCCGCCCUGCGGCCCUACGACCCGAAGAUGUGGCAGGCUGUGGGAUCGUGCUACGCCAAGAUGGGCCGCAUCGAGCAGAGCAUCAAGGCCCUGAAACGCGCCCUCGUGGCCGGCUCAUACUACGCCGAGGACUCUUCUUCCCAGGUCGGCAGCGGGCCUGCCCGCAAGAUCCUCGAUCCGGAGACGUUGCAUCAGAUUGCCACGCUCUACGAGCGCCUGGGCGACGAGGAGGAAGCCGCCGCGUACAUGGAGCUCACCCUGCAACAGGAGUCCGGGCAGGUCGUCCAAGAGGAGGAGGAGGAGGCCUCGUCCGACGACGAUCAAUCCGGCACGGAUGUCCCAUCCAGCUCGCGACGCACGCGCAAGUCGUCGAGGGACGAAGAGGAGGAGGAUACCUGGCACGGCACGGGGGUCACCGCGACGACGUCCAAGGCGCGGCUGUGGCUCGCGCGGUGGGCGCUCCGCGGCGGGGAUCUGGAUCGCGCGGAUCAGCUGGCCGGGGAAUUGUGCCAGGAUGGGGUGGAGGUGGAAGAGGCCAAGGCGUUGAUGAGAGACGUUCGCGCCAGAAGGGAGGGUGGUUGAUGCAUACAAGAUGAGGCGUCUCAUACCCCUUCGAAUUAGCCAGGCGUUUUUGUGGAAAUAGUAGGUUGUAUUGUAUCUCUAUCUAUAUCUGUAUACGAACUAGACAAGCCAGU